UGCUUUGUGCGUAAAAGUAUUUCAGGAGAGCGUGCGGCGGCGGUGGCAGCGAGUUGCAAAUGGUGGAAGGUGUGUGAUUCUCGUCGUGUUAACAUCAAGGUGAAAAUGUACAAAGCAAGGACGAUAUUCACUACGCUGGCCCCCUUGGCGCCGCGCAUAUGCGGGCCCGAAAGAUACGCCUCCUGGGUGGUCCGCAGUCAUCCGCUGACCAGGACCAGCCAGGUGAUCUUUACCGAGACCGCGAGGAAGUACAACAGCCGCGCGGCAACCGAGCCCUUCCUGAAUGGCAGCACCAGCUCCUACGUGGAGGAGAUGUACAACGCGUGGCUGCAAGAUCCGAACAGCGUGCACGUGUCAUGGGAUUCCUUCUUUCGAAACAGCACCGCUGGAGCCACCCCAGGAUUCGCGUAUCAGGCACCACCAUCCCUCGCUCCAAGUUACAACCAAGUUCCGCUCGGAGCGUUGUUGCCCCUUGGUGUUGGAACGCAGCUCGGCCAGACGCCCGUUAAUGAAAAAAUUAUUGACGAUCAUCUAGCGGUACAAGCUAUUAUUCGUUCUUAUCAGGCCCGAGGUCACUUAGUUGCCGAUCUGGAUCCGCUGGGUAUUAUGCAAACAGACCUGAUACACACGCAUUAUGCAGCCCGCAAGGGAUCACCAGAACAAGUGCUGCGACAGUAUAUGCUUGAGGAGUCGGACAUGGAUCGCGUUUUCAAAUUGCCAUCCACCACGUUUAUCGGCGGUAAGGAGAAAUCAUUGCCGUUGCGUGAAAUCCUGAAACGACUUGAGGCCGCUUAUUGUGGUCAUAUUGGUGUCGAGUUCAUGUUCAUCAACUCCUUGGAGCAAUGCAAUUGGAUCAGGCAAAAGAUGGAAACUCCCGGAGUCAUGGAAGUGACGAAUGAUGAGAAGAGGCUCAUUUUAGCUAGAUUAACACGCGCAACUGGAUUUGAGGCAUUCUUGGCACGGAAGUGGUCCUCGGAGAAGAGAUUCGGCUUGGAGGGUUGCGAAAUUUUGAUUCCAGCUAUGAAACAAGUGAUCGAUAAGUCCACGGAACUAGGAGUCGAAUCGAUUGUUAUGGGUAUGCCUCACCGUGGUCGUCUGAAUGUUCUUGCUAAUGUCUGUCGCAAGCCACUGAGUCAAAUUUUCACACAAUUUGCUGCGCUCGAAGCUGCUGAUGAUGGUUCCGGCGAUGUGAAAUAUCAUUUAGGCACGUAUAUAGAGCGUCUGAAUCGAGUGACGAACAAGAACAUUCGUUUGGCUGUGGUAGCAAAUCCAUCUCAUUUGGAGGCCGUAGAUCCGGUGGUUCAAGGAAAAACACGCGCCGAACAAUUCUACCGUGGCGACGGCGAAGGCAAAAAAGUCAUGUCCAUUCUUCUUCACGGAGAUGCUGCGUUCUGUGGUCAAGGCAUUGUCUUCGAGACAAUGCAUUUAUCUGACCUACCUGAUUACACCACUCACGGUACUAUUCACAUUGUUGUGAAUAAUCAGAUCGGAUUUACUACCGAUCCGAGACAUUCACGAUCCUCGCCAUAUUGUACUGAUGUGGCCCGAGUGGUAAACGCACCUAUCUUCCAUGUGAAUUCCGACGAUCCUGAAGCUGUGAUGCACGUGUGCAAAGUAGCGGCAGAAUGGCGGGCUACCUUCCACAAGGAUGUUGUGAUCGAUUUGGUCUCCUACAGGCGCAACGGCCACAACGAGAUCGAUGAGCCGAUGUUCACGCAGCCCCUGAUGUAUCGUAAGAUCAGAAAUACUUUGCCAGCUCUCGAUAAAUAUGCCAACACACUGAUCGACAACAAUGUCGUCACUCCCGAGGAAGUUAAGGAUGUUAAAGCUAAAUACGAGAAGAUCUGCGAAGAAGCAUAUAAUAAUGCCAGGCAGGAAACGCACAUUAAAUACAAGGACUGGUUAGAUUCGCCAUGGUCCGGUUUCUUCGAAGGAAAAGAUCCAUUGAAAGUCUCGCCCACUGGUAUCAAGGAAGAUACGCUCGUACAUAUUGGAAAGAAAUUCUCGUCUCCGCCGCCGAAUGCUGCUGAGUUUGUCAUCCAUAAAGGUAUCGAGCGUAUUUUAAAGUCUCGAAUGGAGAUGAUCGAAUCUAGAACCGUCGAUUGGGCUCUUGGCGAAGCUAUGGCUUUUGGAUCUCUCCUCAAGGAAGGUAUUCAUGUUCGUUUAUCAGGCCAGGAUGUGGAGAGAGGUACAUUCUCGCAUAGGCAUCAUGUAUUGCAUCAUCAGACUGUUGAUAAAGCGACUUAUAGGCCACUCUGCUACUUAUAUCCCGAUCAGGCACCUUAUACAGUGUGCAACAGUUCUUUGUCCGAAUUCGGCGUUCUCGGUUUUGAGUUGGGCUAUUCGAUGACAAAUCCUAAUGCAUUGGUAUGCUGGGAAGCUCAGUUUGGAGAUUUUAAUAAUACGGCUCAAUGUAUAAUUGAUCAAUUCAUCAGCAGUGGUCAAGCCAAAUGGGUUAGACAAUCUGGUCUUGUCAUGUUACAGCCACACGGUCUCGAAGGAAUGGGUCCCGAGCAUUCCAGUGCCCGACUGGAGCGUUUCCUUCAGAUGUCUGCUGACGAUCCGGAUUACUUCCCACCAGAAAGCGAAGAGUUUGCUGUGCGUCAACUGCAUGACAGCAACUGGAUUGUCGCUAACUGCAGCACGCCAGCCAACUACUUCCACAUUCUGCGACGACAAAUCGCAUUGCCAUUCAGGAAGCCGUUGAUCCUGAUGACGCCGAAAUCGUUGCUUCGUCAUCCGGAGGCUAAGUCCAACUUCGACAUGAUGUUGGAAGAUACGCAGUUCCUUAGAGUGAUACCAGAAGAAGGAACAGCGGCUCAGAAUCCCAACGGCGUCAAGAGGUUGCUCUUCUGUUCCGGAAAAGUCUAUUAUGAUUUGAAGAAAUCACGUACAGAACGGAUUUGGGCCGUGUGUUACAGUGGCGCGACAGACACGAGUGAUCGAGGAUGGUUUGCCGGUUUGUUUUCGUCGUCUAAAUCGACUAAACCGACUAAAUCUGUAACUGAAUCAGAGUCGCAGUCAACGGAAUCUGUUGAACCAAAACAAAGAAUAGUGAGGUACGCUGGACGUCCCACUGCAUCAUCACCUGCUACUGGUAGCAAAAUGCAACAUCUCAAGGAACUUAAACAAUUGCUCGAUGACUCCCUCAGUCUUUAAUAUGAUCCUUUUUAGCACUGUGUAUAGAACUGAAAGUUUAUUUAUUUCUCUCUUAAUGUAACUAUUACUAUAUUUUUGUGUCCUGCUCGACGUACACCACAGAACAGAGAUUACAUCGUAGCCGUUUAAACGAUUUCUUCGUAAUGGUGAUUCCUAUGUUUUUAUAUUUACAUGCGCGCAUAAAUGUUUCACGUUCGUUUGUCCGAAUCUUUUAUUUCCCUUAUUUCUUAUUCAUUUUUUUUUUUUUUCCAUUGACGCAUGUAUCCGUAUAUAUGUAGAAUUUCACAGACUGAACUGUGAUAGCUUUUAACUAAUAUUAAUAUAUUUAAUUGAGUAUCAGUUAAUUUAUGAUCUUUUAGUUAUAUUCAUUCUAUCUUGCAAUCAAUUAUCAUCUAUAUGUGCAUUUCAUUUUAGUUAUGUUUGAAUGUAAAGUUUAUGUAUCUUUCUCUUAGUCGGCGCGAUUGUGCAUGUAAGUUUGAAUGAUAUGCUUAAUAAGUGAUGGAUAUGAUUCAAUGAAAAUUUAUAUCGGUCAGUUGUACAGAUAUAUACAUUUAAACGUAAAAAGAGAAACUUGCUAGUCCAUUGAUCUACAUGAACGUGAAGCAUUUGUGCGCCAGUUUGUUCUCUGUACUUCAUUCUAUUCGUACUUUACUCUAAAUUAAUUUUGUGAAGUCGAUAAGAUUACAAGAAGGGAAAGUAUUAUUACUAAUUUAUGCAAUGUUACGCAGUGCGUACGUUUUAACGUAUAGUAUCCUGUAGUGCACUCUCUCUCUCUCUCUCUGGACCGGAGAGACUGUUUAUGGUAAAAGGCUUACGGACAUACAAUACGGCAAAAUUUUUUUCUAGUGAUUUAUUUAUAUGCCGUGAGAUGGCUGCCAAUCACUUUAACUUUUUAUCGUCGCUGUAUUUUUAUAAAAAAUUAAAUGAUUGGCGGAUUAAGUAACACGCGCUCGACGAAAAAGUUGCGUGACUGAAGUAGCACUAUUUCGUGAGUUCUGUAUCUCACUGUAUCUCGAUUGUACGAACAUUACGUUAAGUGCCAGUAAAUAGAAAUGAAUCGAGCUCGGAUUCUCGAUCUUGGUUUAAACUUGAAAGUAGUGUUCACGAUCGAGGCCCUAGUGCUAUCCUGUAGACAGUGUCAACGGAUACAGCUUAGAGUGUUGAGAGUAGAAAAUAAAUUAGUAAUACACUUAAUAGCAUCUAGAAAUUAAUUAAUUUUAAUAAUUUAGCCGGGCAACCGCGGCUCGCGUGGGCCGCGAUGUAGCGUAGCGAAGGUGCGUAGUAUUUAUUCUUCUAUCCAUACCACUUAAAGACGGGACACAAAGACGGGACGGAGAAGUUUUGAGGAGAAAUACCGCUGCAUAUCUUUGUGCUGAUCAAAAGAGAGCAAUGUACCGCAAUAUUCGGUUCCUAUAUAGAAGAGCAUAUUAAUGAGAAAGCAGUCUUAUUUUGCUUUACAUGUAUGAAAACGACAGUUGUGUGAUAUCUCCAUUGAUUUAGCACACGAUAUUAUUAGACAAUUGAACAAAAGCCACAGUACCUACCGUUCUAUUUGUUCCUAUCUGUUGUACCGUCGUGUACGUAUUUAUCACAAUAAUACGUAUGUAUUUAAAAAAAUAGAAAUUCUAACAAACAGGUCUGUCAGUUUAAAAUUUCAUUUAGCAAAUAUCACUGAUAUUACGCCCGAUAUUGUAGUAUCUUAUCUUGCUGAAUUAAAUUAUCUCAUUGUCUCACA